AUGGGAGUCCACUUCAAGGAACUCACUGGAAUUGGACUUAAUGAAACUUUGAGACGCAACGUGGAUCUGAAGGGUGAGCAGCUCCUGAACUACAUGAAUACUGUCUGUGAGAACAUGAACAAAAAGCUCCUACAGGCUGUAACCAAGCUCAAAGUGGUGAGGGGGGAGCUGACUGGUUGCUCUGAAGACGUCAAAGACAUGGUGCUACUUCUGCUGUCCUACUUUGAUGAGAAAGAAGAUGCGAUGUUCUGUUAUGUGGAGGACACAUGCCUGGCAGGGGAAGUACAGAUGGACCAGCUUUACUUGACUCCCACAAUUGUGGUGUGUGGACGGUCCUGUUAUUCUUCUAAACGGUUUAUGCUGAGCGUGGACCGAAACAUUGUGCACGACAACAUCACCUCCUUCAUUUCUGCCCUGUGCAUGAUGUUCGGGAGCUAUUAUUGCUUCAGCAUUCAUUACCCAUCACAGCUGGCAUCAACCCUGGAGUUUCUGCAGAGAUGUUUUUUCUCCAUCAAUCCAGAGAAGGGCACUAAAGUGGAGAAGACAAACACAUCCCAUCUUCACGUGAAGCCAAGAGUCCUUACCUUGAUACAGGAACUUUCAGAUUAUGAAUGGCGUGAUGUCUGAACAUGGACUAAACACACUAACAGUUAUUUAAGGGGCCACACUCACAGCAUGAAGGUUUAUUUCAGCCCUUUAUCAGGUCAGUUCUUCAAGCUUAAGAGGCACAGAAAAAUUUCAGACAAUGUUAUUCUAUUCUGUAUGAUUGUUGGUUAUGUAAUUCCUCAUUUGCAUUCCUGUACCUUAAUUUGAAAAAGAUAUAUUUAUAUUAGUACAAUUGUUCUAUUUUGAAAAGGCAAUACAGCAAUUCUUAUUGGCUGUUUAAAAAUUCUUACAUUUAUUAAUUAAAAGUAGU